AUGUGGGAAUAAUAGUGAAUAAACUCAGGUUGUGUUUUAUUAUUAUUAUUAUAUGGACUGUGUACGUAUAAAUGACCAAAGAUAUCAAAAAGUAAAACGUAUGGAUUUUAAUACUAAUACCCAAUCAUAGAAUAUGACGAAGAAACUGUUAAUUAAUUUUAUUAAUAUAGAUUAUAAAUGAAACCGGAUAAUAUUAAUAACAAUGGUAUCUGGCGUACUUCGUCUAGGAAUUUCAGCCGGAGUUAGAAGGUGCUCUAUUAAAGUUAUAGUGGCUGGAUUGUCGAAACCCCAGCAGUUAUUUAGAAGUGAAAUUGUACCUAUAUCCGUUUGUUUUUCAACUUUUUCAUCUACUUUAAGUAAAAAACAAGAUAUUAAUUCAGAGGUAUUACAAAGUGUUUUAGAAAGUACAAUAUUGAAAACUACUAAGUCGAAUAACGAAAAAGGGUUGAAGUUGAACUUGAAUUUAAAAGUACGACCUGUAGAAAGUAUUCUGGUGCGUGUUGUUGUUGGAAAUAAUAUAACACCAAAUCGGGCAGUUACUUUGUUGAGUGAACUUAGUAAACUUACUCUGAGUAACCAAGCAAAGUUUGAGGAUUUUAGUAACGAUCACAGAUUCAAAGUUUUAUGUAAUACUUUGGGGAACAAUUGUAACCAGCUGACACAUCUUGGUCUUAUUACAGGUUUGAGGAGUGUACUUGUUCUUGGCUUUUCUCCUGAUUCUUUUAUAGUACAAUCACUGGAAAAUGAAAUUUUGUGGAAAGCACGUAAAAUGAACUUAAAAGCACUGAGCAUUUGUCUACAUUUUCAUAUAAAUUUUCAAGAAUCAGAUUUACAAAAAAAAGUUGUUAAGACUUUAGUUCAAACUAUUCAGAAACGUUAUUUUGAAAUUUCUGAUGGAACAGAUGUUUUAAAACUGUUAGAGCAAGCUAGCAAUUUCUCUGAAGAUUUUAUGACUAAAAUUGAAGAUAGAGCUCUAGAACUUGCAGGAAACCUGUCUAUAGAAGAAUUAAAUAAGCUUCUGUGCUUGCUUGCUGAAUUGAAUAGACGACCAACACCUCUUUUACGUGCUUUGGUGUUCCAUAUGAAUCAGAGUCAAGAAAAGUUAUCUUUAAAGCAAAUGAUUAACACUUUGUAUGCACUGAAUAAGCUGAAUUUUCCUGAUUCAUCUUGUCUCCAGAAGAUUUCCAGUGAAGUCCUUGUGGAAGUUGUUAAUUUAGAUAAAGUAUCUGUAAUUUCUGCAUUGUUAACUUCUUUAGGCCAUCUAAGAUGGAAACAUCCUGCUUUACUUGAAGCAUGUGGAGAAAGGCUACUAAAAUAUUCUGACAAAUGCCGUCCCCAAGAGUGGGUAGCAUAUUUACUGACAUUAGCAAAGGUUAACUACAUACCUGAAAACCCUGGGCCCAUAUUUUCUUUGAUUUCUUCAGAAUUGGUUCAAAAGAAUAUUCCAGAUUCAGCUGUUUGGCUGGACAUUGUUUGGUCUUUAGCUAUCUUGGGAAGAGCAACAGAGAGCCACUUGAGAAGUGUUUUAUCACCAUCAUUUUACCAACCUUUAAUAGGUAUGGGAACCUUUCGCAGUUAUAGUAGUAAGAUGAAGCUGUUGAAUUUAAAUGCAGUGGCAACAUUGGAAAUUACCACCUGCCCACCUAUCAUAAAUGAGCCAGCCUUAGAAGAUAUCUCACCACCAGCAACACCUGAUACCAAGAGUGUCAAUAAAAGUGUCUUAGAAGCCCUGAAUAAUUUUGUGCCUCGAGGAAAGUUUAUGGCUACAAACUUGUCUACCACAAUGGGUUGUAUUAUUGAUGCUGAAUUUAUAGUGAACAAAGAUGGUAAACCACAACCAAUAGUAGAUUAUGGUGUUCAAGCAGGUUUUAACAGUGACACAAAACCUGUGCCUGCUGACUGUUAUCGAAUUGCCCUGCUGGUAUGGGACUUCAAAGAUCUGACAAUGCACUCUCAAGAUGUCAUUGGUGUGAAUGCCUUGAAUAUAAGGUUACUUACAAAACUUGGCUACACAGUGGUCCAGGUAUUACAUUCAGAAUUCAAUCUUCUAACAACUACGGUAAAGAAAGUGCAGUACCUCCAACAAAAAAUCGCAGAAGUGCUGCAUAAUAAAGAUAGCACAGUAUUCUAGUUUCUAAAUAAGAGGAAUGUUUAAAUAAAUGUAGUUUUAAACUUAAGUUUUGCUCUAGUUUUUAGAUGGCCAGAUGUAUUUGGACUGAAAUUUGCAGAAUAAAUAUCAAUAAUUUAAUUUAA